GAGAGCAGCAGCAGCAGAGGAACCUUAAACAAAUACACACACAUAAACACACACACACACACACACAGACAGAGAAGCAGGAAAAGGACCUGGAGCUGAGCAGACAUACUUGUUCACAUUGCUGACACACUCUCUCAGGCAGCAGCAGCAUGCUUUGGUGGAGAAUCCCUGAGGCAGCAUUUCUUCUCUCUGUGUGCGCGUGUGUUACUCUCGCCUACGAGGAUGACAUUGAGAUCCAGUACACCGACUACUAUAAUGAAAUCACUGAUGGAGAGACACCAGCACCCACACCGAGUUCCACACCCUGCAACUCUCCAGACCUGACAAAAUGGGACAAGAUCUUCUCCAUGAUGGAGAACAGCCAGAUGAGGGAGAACAUGCUGAUUCAGUAUGUUGAUGACAUAGUCAAGGUCGAAAUGGGAUCUCUGCGUGGUGAAUUACGAAGGUUUAUAGCUGAGUAUGAAAAGUCCUGUGGGGCUGCUGUGGAGACAGCAGGAAGACGGAUGGUCUUGCAGCUGGAGGGCCAUCUACGAGAAACUCUGGAGCUCCUCAAGCUCAGUGAUCUGACCUCUGCUGUUGGAAAUUUCAACCACCUGGAGGCACAGAUACAGCAACUUCUCUCUGCAGAACAUACUCAAACAUCCAGACUGGCCAAGCUAGAGAGCAGCUGCCUCAGCAGCAGAAAUGCAGGAGCUGGCUUUGGGUUGAAUGGCAAAAAUGGACUCCAUCUCCAAGAAGUGACACCAAGAGAGGUUGCUUUGGAUGAGGUGCUAGUUGCAAUGCAAGCACUGAAGGCUGAGCUGGAUGAAGAGCUGAAGUCAUCAAGGCAAAGGCGUCUACCUGCAGGGUGUGAGAUGGCCCUCCUGUUUCCUGUUCGCUCCCGUCGGAUUUACACUGCAAUCAUUCCAGAUGUCCCCCUGUCCCUGUCCAGCUUUACUGUCUGCAUGUGGGUGAAGCCGACUUCAGUCUUCAACAAAACUGUGCUGUUCUCCUACGGACAUCGUCGAAACCCUUCUGAGAUCCAGUUGCUGCUCUCCCAAACCUCUGCCGUGUUCACUGUUGGAGAGGAAGCUAGUCAGGUGGAGGCGAGGAGUGUGGUAAGCCCAGGACAGUGGAUCCAUUUAUGUGGAGCCUGGUCCUCCGAGCAAGGCCUGGCGAUCCUCUGGGUGGGUGGGGAGAAGAUGGCGUCCAAACCCGGGAUGGCCAAGGGACACAACUUACCUGAGGGAGGCUCACUCCAGCUGGGGCAAGAAAGAAACGGCUGCUGCCCUCUGUCUCCAGCCAGCGGGAGUGGUGUGGCCGGGUUUGAGGGAAGUUUUGAUCCAAAGCUGGCGUUUGCUGGGAAAAUGACGGGGGUUAAUAUGUGGGACACUGUCCUGUCAGAGGAGGAAAUUUCCCAGAUGGCUGUGCAGCGAGGCCAUGGCUGCCAGCACAGGGGGAGCGUGGUGGCCUGGGGGGUGACAGAGAUCGUGCCACAUGGAGGAGCUCAGUUCAUCUACUGAUCCAUCAUGUUAAUAGUCAUAAUUAUUUGUAGCAUACAUAUCGCCACUCUGAUAAAAAGUCAAGCUGAAACUGGACAUUUAAGAGUUUCAAUAUCACAUUUUUAUUGAUAUUACCAUGAAUGGUUAAAGGAAAAAUCAUCCAAUGCUGUGAGAGACUGUGAGAAAUUGUGCGAUAACCUAUAAGUUAAUUCAGUUUAGAAAACAUGACCUGUUACUGGAAACGUGUUGCAAGCAGCAUUUGCCAAAGACUUAAUUAGAGAGCAAGAAAGACACCGAGUUGCUGACAAAUUUUUGCUGACUCAACAAACUAGAUAACGACCAGACAGCCAAGCAGAAAUAAGAGGCUACACACAAUGACAAGAGAUGAUCCUGUUAUUGCAGGCUAAUGACAUUUUUUGUUUUUACUUCUGGGGGAUUUCAUAGAAGCAGCAGAUGCAAGUUAACAAAAACAAACAACACAGAUUGUGUAUUUUAACAAGAAUCACAAUCACUGGGAAGCUGUUGCAAUCUUUUCACUGCGGCCUUAAAGGUGCAAUUAACUGCAGGAGAAGGUAGCUCAAUACCUUUCAGUGAAAUAAACUUCAGAACAUAUAUAUGCAACUCUAUUAAAAACUGCUGUACUUGCCUUCCUUUUAAAUAUGAAAAACUAGAAUGUAGGGCUAAUUUUAUUGUUUUUGUUGCAACGUUUUGGAUGUGUGAAAAACUUUUAAACUCAAACAUAAUUUUUAUAAUAAAAAUACUAUAUUCAUUAAGUGUUUACAUCGAUUUUAUGAAUAAUUAAUUUUAUGCUGUGUCUUUUCUUGUGUUCAAUAGUUAGAUUAUUCUUUGUCUUUGGAAUGAACAAAGUAAAAAUGUUUUUUGGAAUAUGUUUAUGAACCAUGGGGACAAUGUUUACUCAGUCAAAUCUCGCAUGAUUAAACUUGCAUAACUUUGUUGCUUGUAUUAUAAUGUACAUUGUUUUUUAUGUGACAAGAUGAAACAGAAUGUAUUUUGUAAAUAAAUAUUUUUGCAUAACAUGAGUGAAUAAAUGGAAAGUUAAAGUGA